CGUUGCGGUAAUCCGGUUCAGACAUGACAAGUGCGGCCGAUUGAAGCUGAGCCCAACUCCCGGUGCUCCGUUAAACCCGACCCCCCGCACCGUCCCACCGCCGAGCCGGACCCGUGUGCUCCCUGUCAUGGUGGACUGAGAGCUGCGAGGCCGAGAACCGUCACCGUCGGACGGGAAGUGGAGCUCCUUUGUGAGCGAGUUUGCUCCUUGGGUUGGCAGUGAUGUUGUGCACGGGGCUGCCGGGGCAGCAGCAGCAGCAGCAGCAGCAGCGAGGAGCCUGACGCAUCCCCACCGUAGGCCGCCGGGACGAGCACUUUCCCCCGAAUGAGCCCGGGGGGUAAAGACAACCGAAUGGGAGCCAGGGAAGUCCCCAGAAACUUGUGCUAAUAACCGGCCACUUGGACACUGAGCGUCCACUCCUCCACACUGCCUCACCGAUUCCUGACGAGAGGGAGACCCACAGCUUUCACGGUGGAAACUAGAAGGAGAGCGAAGAUGAAUGCUGUGCGGGGGGGCACAGUCACCUGGCGUCCCCAGCCGUGGCAGGACGGGGACGGGGGAGGAGGGGAGCCUCUGUCCGACAGCGACUCAGAGGAGGAGGACUUCCCCGAUGACAGCACCACCCCGCUGGGCGACUACAUCACACAUGGACUGAAGCAGCUCCUGGACGCUCAGCAGCUGUGUGAUGUUACUCUGCUUGUUGAGGGGAAGAAGUUCAUGUGUCACAGAGUCCUCUUAGCAGCUGUGAGCCCCUACUUCAGGGCCAUGUUCACCAGUCCCCUGGUGGAGUCUCGCCUCACAGAGAUCCGUCUGGAGGAAGUGACACCGUCUGUCAUGGAGACCGUCAUCCAGUUUGUGUACACUGGGGAGGCGGGGCUCUCUCUGGACACAGCUGAGGAUCUGUUUGUGGCCGCCAACCGGCUGCAGGUCAUGCCUCUUCAGGACCUGUGCUCCAGGUUUCUAUUUGAGCACCUCUCAGUAGAUAACUGUCUGGGUAUGUACUCUCUGGCUCGCUCUCACCACGACCAGCUGCUGCUGCGGGCCUCCCUGCGGCUGGUAGCCCAGCACUUUCCCCGGGUGGCCCGGCAGAAAGACUUCCUGCUACUUGACCACGGCACCUUAGGCAGCCUACUGAGCUCAGACCGUUUGGGAGUGGACUCAGAGGCCGAGGUCUACGAUGCGGCGCGCCGAUGGGCAGAGCACCAGCCCUUGGACAGGUAUGCCCACAUGCCUGCCCUGCUUCACCACCUGCGGCCUGGGCUGCUUUCCCAGGAAGAGAGCCGAAGACUGAGCCAGGAGUUAGGGCCUGCCGCAGCUGGUGAAGGCCUCGGGGGGCCUCUGAGACCGAGGGAGGGAAUGUUUGAAAAGAAGAUUGUCUGUGUGGACCUGACACCUCGGGAGGACGAGAAUUUAGCUACGAGAGACUACACAGUGGACUGCUUCGAUCCUCGGACAGGAAAGUGGGAAAAGUUAGCAGCGCUGGGAUCUCUUGUCAGUCCUGGCUGCACUGCUGUAGGUGACAGGCUGUUUGUGGCUGGUGGGAUUCUGCGGACAGGUUCUGUGUCUGCAGCAGUGCAUGAAUAUGAUGCAGUGUUGGACCACUGGAUAGAGCGGCCUUCGAUGGUCCAGCCCAGGGCCAUGCUGGGUCUGCUGGGCUGUGGAGAGUCACUCUAUGCCUUAGGGGGCAGUAACCGCUCGGCCCUGCUCGACUCCAGCGAGACCCUGGAGCUGUCAACACUACAGUGGACUCCGGGGCCCCGGCUCCCGCUCCCGCUGCGUGCCUUUGCCUGCGCAGCUUUACGUGGACGACUGUACCUCCUGGGUGGAACCACACUCGAACAGAACCGAGCUGUGGUCCACUCUGGCGUGCUCAUUUAUCACACCCUAACCGACUGCUGGACACGUGUGGCUCUGGACUCUGGCGCCACCUGCCUUGCUGGAGGAGUAGCCGUGCGAGGAGGGGUCUGUGCUAUUGGGGGAUACAUGAGGGAUACCACAAAGUUCCUUGAUGGAAACUACACUAACUUGGAGACUUUAGACGCCACUGGGCGUGUUCUGUUUUUCAGAGAGGGCAGGGGGUCUGGUGUAGAGAGGGAGGUGACAGGGGGAGGGGUGAUGGUAACUGCAGAGCAGCGUGGGGCUGCAGGCGGUGGAAGCGACCGAGCCCCAAGCCCUGUGGUAUUUCCCGGGCUCCCUCGGCGGAUAGCAGCCGGGGGUGUGGCCAGGUGGAAAAGGAGGAUUUAUGUGCUGGGUGGGGAAAACGGCUCACGGUUCUAUGACAGUGUGUACUGCUGGAAGCCUGGUUGGCGCAGCUGGGUCCAGAGACGUGAAAAGCUUCCUGGGGAUACUGGAGGAGUGAGCCAGUUUGGGUGCACCACUCUAAAAUUCCCUAAGAAACACAUCCUGUCCAGACUGAGACUAGCCAAAGAAAACUGCAAGAAGGCUGCUGACUAGCUUGACUGGGCCCAUUCUGACUGAGGUGGCGGCAGCCGUUCAUGCCACACACAGAUGAGGUUCAGGCUGAGUUCUGAAUGAGCUCCUCCUUCACCCCAUGACAUGUUGAGAUAAGUCAUGAGGAAGAGACCAUUUUAUACAGUUGGCAUGCAGCCACAGAGCUGGGUAUAAAUGGAGUGGAUGCAGACAGAUCUUGUGAAAUUGAAUAUGGAUCGUCAAAUGUACAGGCAGAGAGCAAGUGGAGCCAGAACCAGGUUUUAAAGAACAGACAACAAGCACCUGAAUGUAACCUAAACCACUCGCUGUCAGAACAGUCAAGUCCUCUGAGAGAGAAUAGGGCCUUUUUAAUUGUACAUUCACAGUUUAAUGUUUUUGUCUGAGAAUUUCAAAUCUGUUUUUUUAUUCAGCUGUUCAGACAUAGACAAGGAUACCUGCACAUUUCAGACAAGGUUACGUUUCACUGAUUCUCCUAAACUUCAAGUAAAAAAUGUAGUGCCCUAAACAAAAACCUUGGCACCCUCCAUUCUGCUUAUUUGCAGCUCAGCUGGACUGAACUUGGGUUUAAGAAAUGGAACCGGGGCUGCACUGAAAAUCAUGUUGCAAAGCACUGAUGGAAGCAACUUCAGUGUAUGAACUAAAGACGUCUUAAAUCUUUUCUCACCUGUCACAGCCUCUUUUCCCAUUCUUCUGAACUGCUCAACUGUGACUGCUGUUUAGUCUAUUUUUUUCUCCCCGAAUCAUUUCCCCUCCCUUAUAAUCCUUUACAAACUUCAAUAAUUAGUUUGACCUUUUCCUCUUACAUGAGCUGGUAAAGUCCCCAUUUUUUUUUUUACUACAAUCAAGGGCUACACAAAAAGUUAACUUGGGAGAAAACGCAUCACAUGAAACAAGACUGAGCUGCUUCUCAACUCAGGAAAAGGUUGUCCAUGUGCUCAUCUUAGUAUCCCAGCACAACACAUCAGUCUAAUCCUUUAUGAGCAGAACGCCUCAGUGCUUGGUACAAGUCGUACUUCUCAUAUGAUCAGUCUAACCCCUGAAUGCUCAGCACAGGUCCAACACCGGUUUCAAGUUUAAAGAAGUGAAACGUAGCAUAUGUGAGAAAUGUGCAGAUAUGGCUGGAUGAAUCACAGGAUAAAUGGAAUACCGUCUUCCACCAUCAACAUAAAAAUUUAAAGAUGGAGAAUCAUGUGUGGAUGUGAGCUUGAUGGAAAUGCAAAGUUGUGAAAAAAUGUUGACACCAGAAAGAAAUGGUAGCUGUAGUUUUAGUUUUGACGGCAAAUGAGGGCACAUUCACAGUAUUUAACAAUUCCACUGGUCAUUUGUAACUGUGAGAUUUUUCAUGAGGCCAUUAGGGAAAAAGACUGAACUAUCCCUCUGUCCAGUGUCUUUCUGAAACAUGAAGCUAUGUGACCGCCAGUCAAAUCAAACUGACCUGCUCCUUUCAGCUGCUCCAGCCAUAUGACUUGUGAAUGCAUUUGGCACAAAGGUUAAGACUCAUCUGAACACUAUCAUUUGCACAUUAUUUAUUGAAAUGUAUGUAAAGUUGUUUUUAUUUUAUUUUGUUGACUUUUGAAUGGGGACUUUAGCUCUGACUGCAGUGUAGAUUGCUCCGUUGUGGUGUAUGAUGACUAUGCCAUGUGUUUAGAUAAACCUGUCACAGGAGCACGUGUGUAGAUCUCAAAUCCAUUAAAAAGGACUUCAUCAUUGGG